UUUUGGUGGGACAUUUAUUUAGGUUAUGCUACGGGUUCAUCUGUAAAAUUAUUGUUUCCACGUAUUUUUUAGUGAAUUGUGUCGGUAGUUCGAAAUUAACACCGCUUAUCAGCUGUCCCAUGCGUCAAAACUGUCACUUGUGAUAUGUCAUUUUUGACACGUAUUUUGUAUGUAUACAAAUAGUUGAUUUUUUUAGUAAUAAUAUGUGAAAAUGGCCUUAUUAGACGACGAUUCAGCAUGGAUACAAGAGUUAGAAACGGCUUUGAUAGAAGAAUGUUCAGCCACGGAUGUUUAUUGCAUUUGUAAGGGUAAACCAUUGCCUACAGAAGUCAGGGCUGAAGUCUGGCAAAUAUGUUUGGACGUACGAGACAAGGGGAAUCAACUGGAGCAAUUCAACGAAAUUUUCGACCUAACCAACCAGAAUUUAUUGAGAGAAGACAUAACAAACUUUGUUUCAAACCUGGGGAAUGAUGAGGAGGAUAAAUUGUGUGUUAUUUCCGACUUAGAGUCAAUUUUAACCUUCUAUUGUAAAAGUAGGAAUUUGGAGUACACGCAAAAUAACGGUUGGGUUGAGUUGUUGUUGCCGAUAUUAACACUUAAAGUCCCCAAAGGGGUUACUUAUAAUUUAUUUGAGGCUAUAAGAGAUACUUAUGUACCGCAAAGUUGCCAUAAAGAUGGCAAUGCUUUUCACAUUUUAAGGUUACUGUUGUUAUACCACGACCCCGAGUUGUGUUCCUUUUUGGACACCAAGAGAAUCACCCCCGAGAAUUAUUGUUUGACAUGGUUUCAAUCUUUAUUUGCCGCUACUUGUUCGCUAGAAGUAGUCAUUAACAUGUGGGACUAUUAUUUCCAGCAGUCAGACCCGUUCUUUAUAUUCUUUUUGUCGCUUAUCAUGGUAGUCAACGCGAGAGAUCAAAUCGUUUCGAUGACGAACGAAUCAAGGGAUAAAAUAAUCGCGAGCCUUUCAAACAUGCCGUGCGGGCUCGAAGCCGAUGACGUCAGCGAUUUUUGCUCGCUGGCUCAAUACUACGCGCUCAAAACUCCGGUCUCUUUCCGCACCGACCUCAUGCAGACGUUGUACCAACCCAAGAACGAGAAAUCCCAGUACGUGUCGCAGGCGCUGUGUCUGCCCGUCUCCGUGCACGAACUGGUCGAGAAUACUGCGCAGGAAACGAAGAACGUCGACGCGGUCAGAUUUUUCCUGGUCGACUGCCGGCCCGUGGAGCAGUACAACGCCGGGCAUCUGCCCACGGCUUUUCACUUGGACUGCAACUUGAUGCUGCAGGAGCCCAGCGCGUUUGCCACGGCGGUGCAGGGAUUGCUCUCCGCGCAGAAGCAAGCCUUGGCGCACAAUUCCAGCGCAGGUGGCGAACAUUUAUGUUUCUUGGGUUCCGGUAGAAACGAAGAGGACCAGUAUACCCACAUGGUCGUCGCUUCUUUCCUGCAAAAACACACCCAAUACGUUUCGUUGCUUACGGGGGGUUACAUAGCGAUUCACAAGUACUUUUCCGACAAUUUGGAGGGUUGUCUGCAAGAUCACAGCCCAAAGAAUUGCAUAGUCUGCGGGCCUACGUACAAAAUGUUACCGCAAAGUGUCAAAUCCGGGCAGAGUACGGAUUUGUUUGGUAAAAUAUCUGCCGCUAUGAAAAGCAAGUCCGUUGAGGUGAAGGAUAAGUUGUUUGAUUAUAUUGUCAAUCCUAACAACAGCAGUCCUGUACAGGAAAGGCACGUUUCCAGUAGCGAUAAGUUGGGGAAGCGGUACAGAGAUGUCGCUCCUGUUUUUAGCAUCGACGAUGAUAAUGACAACUUUGCCAGUGUGCAGCAGGAAGAGGCGGAAGAUGACCAUGAGUUAGUCCAAAUUCAAAGUUGUCUGAAGUCCCCUGGAGUCAUAGAGCACUUCCCGUGUCAGGAAGUCAAACUGAAUGGUUUCAUGUACAGCAGUCACUUAAUAGUAACAGCCACCGAGUUGGUGGUGCUUCGCGAAGUUCCUAAUAGAAAGGGCACCGCCGAGGUUAUAGUGAAGCGCCCUCUGUCCGCCAUAGUGAAAAUCACCGCUCGGAAGAGGCACCCGGAGUUGAUAACCUUCAAAUACGGUGUUCCCGAGGGGGAGAACUUGAAAAUCUCGGAUAUGGAUAGGUUUUUAAUACCCAAUGCGGAUAAAGCCACCAAAGUCGUGUCCGAUCAGAUACUUAAGCAGCUGCAAAGCAAAGAUUAAAGCUUUUUCGUUGUUGUUUUUAGCUUAAUUUAUUAUUCUCGAAAAACAAAUUAUAUAGAGGAUUAAGUGAAAUAUUUUUAUCGUCUUUUAAAUAAUAUAUUAUAUAUUUAUCUUAAUACUUGUUAAUUAAAUGCAAUAAAACAUUAACAAUG